UUUUUUCCUCUCAGCAUCCCACCUUCUCGUGCACAGAUGCUACGAUAUGUGCGGAAGUCUCAAACAAAAAGUGAGUGGCAGGUGAUCAUUUGUCAUUGUUGAUCAUGAGCAGCACUUUGUGCGUCACGGUGCGCCCGGGACUCUCCACCCUGCAUGUUAAUUGUAGCCAGAGCAGCAUGUGAUCCUCCGUCCUCCAGUAGUCCUGCGAGCGUCAGUCAGUACCAUACCGACACACAGCUGCUGCCCGGCGGAUGUAUUCAUGCAUCUCUACACAUUUCCUGCGUUCAUCAUAAACCCUGGAUAUUGUUGACCUCUGCUAGAGACUCACGGACUGAGGCCCAGACCUGAAAUCUAGCUGUCACCCCUCAGCAUCUCUCCUAUAGCUACAUCCGUCCCACCUCUUCUCCACUUUCCGCUUGUAUCACCUCGUUCUGUUCCCAUCAGACUCUGUCUCGCUCUCUCUUUCUCUCUCCACCCCCACCCCCUUCCCCACCCUCAGCCUCCCUGAUGCCUAAGAACAGCAAGGUGACGCAGCGUGAGCAGAGCAAUGAGCACGUCACAGAGUCGGUGGCUGACCUGCUCGCACACGAGGAGCCGCUGGACUACAAGAGCAGCUCCCUGAACGUCAUAGGGGCCACCGGGAAAAAGGUCCCGCAGAUAGAGGUGCCCGAAGACGAUGGACGCCCCGCCUGGAACAGCAAACUGCAGUACAUAUUGGCCCAGGUGGGCUUCUCUGUAGGCCUGGGGAACGUGUGGCGCUUCCCUUACCUGUGCCAGAAAAAUGGAGGAGGUGCCUAUUUGGUUCCCUACUUCAUCCUCCUCCUCCUCAUCGGCAUCCCGCUCUUCUUCUUGGAGCUGGCUGUGGGUCAGAAGAUCCGACGUGGGAGCAUCGGGGUCUGGAACUACGUCUGUCCCAGUCUGGGUGGGAUAGGAAUGUCCAGCCUGAUGGUGUGUGGCUUUGUGGGUCUCUACUAUAAUGUGAUCAUCGGCUGGAGUAUCUUCUAUUUCUUCCAGUCCUUCCAGUAUCCUCUUCCAUGGAGCGAGUGUCCAAUCAGAAGGAAUGGGACACUUGCCAUUGUGGAGCCGGAGUGUGACAAAAGCUCAGCCACAACCUACUUCUGGUACCGUCAGACGCUGAACAUCACCAGCACCAUCGCAGAGAGCGGCGGCCUUAACAUAAAAAUGACCCUGUCUCUGCUGGUGGCAUGGAUCAUCGUCUGCCUCGCCGUCAUUAGAGGGAUUGCCUCCUCUGGGAAGGUGAUGUAUUUCAGCUCCCUUUUUCCAUAUGUGGUGCUGUUCUGUUUCCUGGUCAGAGGUUUAAUGCUGAAGGGAUCAGUGGAUGGCAUUGCUCACAUGUUCACUCCUAAGUUGGAGAAGAUGCUGGAGCCCCAAGUGUGGAGGGAGGCAGCCACCCAGGUCUUCUUCGCCCUGGGUCUGGGGUUUGGAGGAGUCAUAGCCUUCUCUAGUUACAAUAAGAUCGAUAAUAACUGUCAUUUUGAUGCCGUGCUCGUCUCUCUCAUCAACUUCCUCACUUCCAUUCUGGCCACGCUGGUGGUGUUCGCCGUGCUGGGCUUCAAGGCCAACAUCAUGAAUGAAAAGUGUGUCGUAGAGAAUGCAGAGAAGAUCCUGGGAUACCUCAACUCUGACGUCCUGAGCCACGAUCUCAUCCCUCCACAUGUAAACUUCUCCCAUCUCACCACAUCAGACUACGCUGAAAUGUACGGGGUCAUCAAGGCGGUUAAAGAGGGCAGCUUCGCCCAGCUGGGUCUGGAGCCUUGUCUCCUGGAGGACGAGCUUAACAAGUCUGUCCAGGGCACUGGCCUGGCCUUCAUCGCCUUCACAGAAGCCAUGACCCAUUUCCCAGGGUCUCCGUUCUGGUCUGUCAUGUUCUUCUUCAUGCUCAUCAACCUCGGUCUGGGCAGCAUGAUCGGCACUAUGACCGGCAUCACCACACCUGUCCUCGACGCCUACAAGGUCCAGAAGGAGCUUUUCACAGUGUGUUGCUGCAUUGUGGCCUUCUUCUGUGGCCUGUUGUUCGUUCAACGCUCAGGGAAUUACUUUGUCACCAUGUUUGAUGAUUACUCUGCCGGACUGCCUCUCACAGUAGUGGUCAUCCUGGAGAAUCUGUCCGUCGCUUGGAUUUAUGGCACAAAAAGGUUCAUGCAGGAUCUGGAGGACAUGUUGGGUUUCCGACCAUGUAUAAUCUAUUUCUACCUGUGGAAGUACGUCUCCCCUCUGUGUCUCAUUGUGCUCAUCUCAGCCACUGUGAUAGAGAUGGCCAUCAGCCCACCAGGAUACAAUGCCUGGGUCGAAGAGCUGGCUCAGGAACGCUUCCAGAGCUAUCCCCCCUGGGCACUGGCCAUGUGCUUCGCUCUCAUUAUCGUGGCCAUGCUUCCUCUCCCUGUUGUCUUUAUCGCCCGUCGCUUAAACCUGAUGUCAGACGGCUCCAACAAGCUGUCUGUCUCCUACCGUAAAACCAUGAUGAAGGACAUGUCCAACCUGGAGGAGCAGGACGAGGCCAGGUUCAUCCUCGGCGCCAAGCCUGGCGAGGCGCCUUCAUCAGCACCAGCACAUAAGGCCUACCUGACUCCAGGAGGGACCAAGACCCUGGAUGCCAACUCCCUGUCUCCAAACAGCUGCUACGGUACGAGCUACCAGAACGCUGCCAUCAGCCCCACCACACCGACUACACCGACCACGCCCGCCACGCCAGAGUCUGACUCUUGACUGCUGUCCAAACACCCCUCUGACACCCAGUAGCACAGUUUACCUUCCAGCCAUAAAGUCUCCACCGAGGGUCACUGCAGCGUCGAGAAUCCCCACCACUGGCCGACUAACACCAAAAACUGUAUGUAGCCGCCCAAUUUAUCUGAACACACACUUUCCAAAAUAAUACCAAGGAACCACCUGCAGCAGGAUGGGAAAAAAGACAAAAUUCACUCUUUACACUGAAAUCAGGGUGAGACUGACAGUGACACACUGUAAGUCUAUAUCUAUUCUGUAUAUAACAUCACAGGAUUUAUGUGCUUAAGAUGAAGUUCUGUGAUUCUCUUUUUUUUGACUUAGUAUAAGGAACCUCAGCUGACACAACCCCCCCCUCCCACACACACAGUUUAAUGUUAAUGCACAUCCCCAUCUGCACAGAGCAGGGGAUCUGAAAGAGUGAAUGUAGUGGAGUCGGUGUGGUCCUGCUGGUUGAACUGGUUUUCACUGGCACAGAGAGCCAAGACGAAUGUGAGUUUAUUAUUUUAAGGUUUUAAGCCUGUCCUCCGUAGUGGUACUGUGUGCCAUACAGUCUAAGUUUUUCUUAUGCAGUGGUUUCAGUAAGUACAUAUACAGUACGUCUACACAAGCACCUCUGUUUUUAUGUUUGAGCUAGAAAACACUUCUCAUUGUGUAGAUCUGUUUUCACAGAGCUCUGUGUAUUGUAAACUAUGCUUAAGGCUGCUCUAAAGACAUCCAUCUAUGUUCCAUUCCCUGCUGUGUUUUGAAUGUAGCCAGUAUUGUGUAUCUGUAAACAGUGGUAUGCAGUAUAAUAGCAUAGAUAUAGGAUAUUAUUUAUGUUCUAAAGCCACAUUCUCAUGUUAUAACAUGUGAAAAUCACUGGUUUUAGUUUCCCCUCCUGAGUAAAUUGUAGACAACAAAGCACUUGAAAUGUACGUAUUUAUGUUUAAGUAUAAAGAAAGGAUAUGCUGAGUUGUGUUGAAAGUGAACUACAAAGAGCUUGUUUUAAGCUCAUGAGACUGAAACAUAAAACAUUCAAAUUCUUCAGUGACAGAAAGCACAGCUUGUUCAUGUGAAGUUGAAACAAAUGCCCAUUCCUCGCUUAAUGCAUUUUUAAUGUUCUUCCUAUAAUGCUACAAAAGCACAAAGAGAUUUUACACAAUUAUUGUGCACAGUUAAAUUAAUAACCUUAAUUGUUGAUGUAUAGUUUUGAAGCUUGGAAUUGAAAUACUUGCUGCCGUUGAAUAUGUCCCACACAAUGAGUAAGCAAUAUAUAUUUCUAUUGCAGCACAAACUAUGUUCAAUAUGGACCAAAAACAUAAUGAAUAUGAAAUAGAAAAUCCAGCAAAGAUUGAGGAAUUUAUGGAACAGAUAUCCAAGUAAUGGAAUAUUAAUCUCGCACAUAUGCUCAAUUGCACACAUGCACACUGUUUCUGUAUAUUUGUGGAAUAAUAAACCUCAUGAAGUGUUACUGAAACAAACAUUACGGUUCGUUUGUGAUGAAGAUCUUUGACUCCAUGUUAAACCAGUCUGAACGGGUAUCAUUAAUAAGAUGGACAUAUAUUACCUGAACUUGAUUCAUUUCACACAUUCAAGUUCCUGUUACAUGGAAGGGGAUACCUUUAUUUAUUUUUUUAUCACAAUAUUCUAAGCCAUGGUGUUAACAAUUAAAUGGACUAUAUUUAUAUUCCUGUAUAUUUGCAGUGUAUGUAGGUGUGAUGAACAACAAAGCGUUAUCUUAAAAAAAUGACCAGUAUAUUUUCAUCUUGUGUGAUGCUUAUUCAAAUUGUAUAUUUAAAGAGGUAUAUAUUUUGUAGUUUGUGUAGCUAAUUCUUGUUGUGGAAUGUAAACAAUGCUGCUUGGAGGUAAAGGUGAUGUGUGAUGUGCAGAGUAGUCUUUUAUGGGUGGCAGCUAGUUCUCUGUUGUGUCUAUGAUGAGCUGUGUGUUCUUCUGGCUGUGCCCACUCACCUGUACCCACUUUAGCUUUACUGGUCUGCCUGACAGGAUAUCUCUCAAAAUUAUUUCAGUCUGCCUCAGCUAUAUUUGACAUGACUGCUAAGCUAAGCAUGCUAUAGCAGAUUGUCCUGCUUAAUGUAUGAAAACACACACUUUAAAGUACAAGCCAAACAUUAUACAUUUUAUCAUGCUACCUUUAGCAUGACAAGAUUAUUAGCAUACUAACCUAAAAUUGGAAAUGUUGUAUGGAAUAUCACCAUGCUAUCCAAUAGUUGCUAGCAUGCAUGUUAAGAUGCUUGCAAACCUUCAGUUAAAAUUCUGCAUUCACACACUUUGGGCAGAAUGUGAUGAAGAGGAACACCUCCCAUUAUUCUGACUGACUUGGGAGUGUUGGUUACCCCUUUGAUUGCCUUGUAGUCAUUUAAACAGCCUAAAUUAGCUAAUUUUGCAGUGUUAUGUAUUUGGAGUGGUUCAUUAACAAGUUAAAUCAGACACAAACAAACACUGUAUAGCUCCUUUUAAAGGAGCAGUGUGUGGGAUUUAGGGGGAUCUAUUGGCAGAAAUGGAAUAUAGUAUUAAUAAUAGUGUUUUCAUUAGUGUAUAAUCACCUGAAACUAAGUUUUUAUUAGCUUAUAAUGAGCCCUUCAUAUUUACAUAGGGAGCGGGUCCUCUUCCACGGAGCCUGUCAUGUUGCACUGCCAUGUUUCUACAGUACAAACAAACCAAAAACUGGUUCUAAAAAGGAUCUUUCACUUUUUGUUAACUGAAGCCCACCAUAGGUUCUACUACACCCUUGCAAAGGGAGGGGUGAGGAGAGGGGUAUUCAGUUGGCUGCAAUCUGACACAUCACCGCUACAGUAGAUGGUACUAAAUCCUACACACUGGUCCUUUAAGUCCUGUUACUUUGGGAUGUUAAUUAAGAUUUAGAUGUAACUGCCAGCGUGGCUUGCAGCCAUUCUGUUUGUUGAUAACUUUAUUUUGUUUUUUGUUUUUCUGUUUUUGUUAAUACUUAACCCUAACCCAAGGGGGAGAUAUUGUCACUAUUCCCAACAUCUCAGACUUGGAAUUAAAACUCGGAGGAUGACAUGAAGUUUAUUUCCUAACCCUGUCGCUCGUUAUUACGGUCUAAAUGAUAUGACAUAAACCUGGCUAAAGCACAGCUGAGCUUAACUACAGCUGAGACUGAUCAGAAUCUGAAUCAGCUUUAUUGGCCAGGUUUGCGUAGACAAACAAGGAAUUUGACUCUGGUAAUGUUUGCUCUCAAAGUACAACACUUAACAUAUUAAGAAUAAAAACAGAGUUGAUGGUAAGAAUAUAAAAAAAUACAAUAGAAUUUACAAUUUUACAAAAAAUAUACAAAAGAGAAGGAAGGAAUAGUGCAAUAUCGGUCAAUAUAUGAGUUAAUAUAUCAGUAUAUGACGAGGCAGAGCUUAGACUAAAAAGUUGAGCACAAAACCGGAGGAAACGCAUUCAGACCGAACAUGAAGCUAAUAUUCACCAAAUACAAAUUUGAAUGUUGAGUGUUUUUGCACUUUGCGUUUAUUAGACAGAACAGCCAUUGUGUUCUGUUUUUGUUCCAGCUCAGACCUUGACUAAGUCUUAAUGGAACCUCAGUUUUUGUGUCAUUAACCUGCAGACCUGUGUCCUUAUUCCUUCUGUCACUGUACUGGAAAUGUUUUCUCAAGUUAAACUAGUGCACAAAGACAUGAGCACACAACACGCUUACAUCUUUCCAUUAACUUUGUAUGCAAUCACACAAUUUACAAAUUCAGAACGAUUUUCCCCCUCCGGUGGUAGAUUUGUCGGUUUAUUUUUCAUCCAUUCAUCAAUUUGUGCGUAAAGAGCAUCGGUGUCUUGCAGGACCACUAGUGUGGCUCUAAACUUGUUUUAUCCCGUUUUAGUCUGUGUGAGCCAGUCACUUAGUUGCUGCUGAGAGUUUGUCAUGUAGAGAUCUCUCUGUUGUUCAAGUCUGUAAAGUAUUCUUGUGUAAACAAACUAAUCUGAAGAGAUUUUUACCCAUGUCUUUAAGUAUAUCAAUGUCUUAAAAAUUAACUGUUUUAGCAGGAAAUGCAACAUAAAGUAAUAAUGAAUGUGAUAAAUGCACUUUUUUUUAACUAGGACUACAAAAAAAGUAAGCAUUUGUUUUUGUUGUCCUCAUAGUGUAAAAGCAAUAUAAUAAAGUUAUUAAACUGGAGAAUAAUUAAAUAAAUAAUAAAGCUUGACACAUUAGUGUCAGUUAAUAGCAA